GACUCCAGCAAGAAGGCCAAAGAGGAAGCAACGCCAUCCUUAAAUGAUGAUGGCUCCAGCCAGCGGGCGGCGGCCGGACCGGCAGGCGCGCCGCCUCCCACGGCGCUGAGCAAGGUGCCGUAUGGUGCCAGUCCGAUGAUUCGCAAGGACCGGCGACAGAGCUCGUCCCGUUUCAACCUGCCGCGGAACAGGGAGCUGGAAAAGCUGCCGAGCUUCAAAGAGGUGGCGGCGGGCGAGCGGGAAGAGCUGUUCAUUCAAAAGAUCCGCCAGUGUUGCGUGCUGUUCGACUUCAUCUCGGACCCCCUCUCCGACCUGAAGUGGAAGGAGGUGAAGCGGCAGGCGCUGCAGGAGAUGAUCGAGUACGUCACCACGCAGCGCGGCGUCAUCACCGAGAACAUCUACCCGGAGGUCGUCCAGAUGGUGACGAUGAACCUGUUCCGGACGCUGCCGCCGUCGUCCAACCCGUCCGGUGCCGAGUUUGAUCCGGAGGAGGACGAGCCGACGCUGGAGGCGGCCUGGCCUCAUCUUCAGCUCAUAUACGAGUUCCUGUUGCGCUUCCUCGAGUCAGCUGACUUCCAAGCCAACGUGGCCAAGCGCUACAUUGACCAAAAGUUUGUGCUUCAGCUUCUGGACUCAUUCGACUCAGAGGACCCAAGGGAAAGGGACUUUUUGAAGACAACGCUGCAUCGUAUUUACGGCAAGUUCCUGGGACUCCGCGCGUACAUCCGAAAACAGAUCAACAACAUAUUUUAUAGGUUCAUUUACGAGACAGAACACCACAACGGUGUUGCUGAACUGCUGGAGAUUCUGGGCAGCAUUAUCAACGGCUUCGCGCUGCCGCUCAAAGAAGAGCAUAAAGCUUUCUUGCUGAAGGUGCUGAUGCCACUGCACAAGGUCAAGUCGCUCUCAGUCUACCACCCGCAGCUCGCCUACUGCGUCGUGCAGUUUUUGGAGAAAGAUCCGUCACUCACGGAGCCGGUGAUUAUGGCGCUGCUCAAGUACUGGCCCAAGACGCACAGCCCCAAGGAGGUGAUGUUCCUCAACGAGCUGGAGGAGAUCCUGGACGUGAUGGAGCCGGCAGAAUUCCAGAGAGUCAUCAAGCCGCUCUUCCAGCAGAUCGCCGCCUGCGUGGCUUCUCCCCACUUCCAGGUGGCAGAGCGGGCACUGUACUAUUGGAACAACGAGUACAUCAUGUCCCUGAUGACGGAAAAUGCCAACGUCAUCCUGCCCAUCAUGUUCCCGGUCCUGUACAAAAAUUCGAAGUCCCACUGGAACAAGACAAUUCAUGGUCUCAUCUACAACGCGCUGAAGCUGUUCAUGGAGAUGAACCAAAAGCUGUUUGAUGACUGUACUCAGCAAAGCAAGCUAGAAAAACAGAAGGAGCGGGAGAGACAGCGGGUGCACGAGGAGGCCUGGCAGAAGGUGGAGGAGCUCGCCAAACGCAGUCCGGAGUAUCCGCUGUUCGCUGCCGAAGGCGGCGGUGCUCUGCCGGGCUCUAUGUCGGCCGCCGCCGCCACCACUGUCGAGGGAGAAGACGACGAGGGGCUGAUGGACCCGGAGAAAAUCAAAGUUGAGGCAAAACAGUUGGUGAAGGCACCCCAGGGCAAGCCGAAGCCCCUGCUCCGGAAGAAGUCGGAGCUGCCGCAGGACAUGUACACGCAGAAGGCUCUGAACGAGCACAAACGUCCCGACGCAUACCUCACCACCAGCCCGGAGCAGAAGAAUUCGAGCUAGGCGGUGGCGCCCGCUCGCCGCGUCGCCGCAUGUCGCGCGCCGGCCCAGGAACGUGCCCAGGUCGUCACCGUCUGUCUGUUAACUGGUCUGUGUGUCCCCGUCACUAGCCGAGCCGGGCUCGCGGGCGGUGCACCGAUGUGUCUCCGGCCGCCAUCACCGCCCUCCGCUUGCCUAUGCACGACCACGUGUGCCCCUCGCUGUCUGUAGUGCUGGACAAGUCAGUAUUGCCCAACCGCUUGGACACGCGCGCAGGUUGUGUGUAGGACCCUCCGGCGACUGCGUCUGUUGCCUGUCGCGCAGUGCUGUCCCGUGCUCCGGCCACGUUACGUGCUCUCACGGACUGGCACCGUCGGGUGAGCUCACCCCGCCCGCUAGGCACAGGCGGACGGGCCGAGCCAGCGGCGUGAACAAUUCUGCUGCCGAGAGGCUGCAGGCUCUCACAUUCCACGUGGCAGACCGCCGGGACCGUCCAGAAACGACAAGUCGGCGCGCGUGGCGUGCUGUUGCCACGGUCUCAUGUGCGGCUACGCUUAUCAAAGGCUGCCGGCAACAGAGUAGCCGAAUUACUGGAGUAGUAGUAUAUGCUUCGGAGCUGGCGAGGGGUGGGAAGCGUCUUGUCACAAUGAUGGUGGAGCGAGGUCACAGGCACGGGCGGGGUUAGUGUCGUGUUCAGAAUGUGACCAUGGCAUAGGACGUGGUUUGUGGACGGUCUCUGUUGUCGCUCUUAUUCUUGUGCUUAGUCAAUAGCUGUGUCCUCGUCAUUUGGCUCGUUCAGAAACAUAACUAAUAGCUACCAUAAAAAUUGCCUCACUGUUACGGCACGGAACUGGCUGGAGUAUUUUAUCAUUUGUUGUGAGAUGUUACCGGAGUACAUUUUAGGGGCAGCUUUGCUGAAAUGUGUGACAGUGCGGACAUUUUUGUGCAAUAGAUGGCAAAAAUGUGCCCGCAUGUGUGCGUGUAUCUAUCGCAAAUUAUUGGUGGUGUAGCCUGGUCCGAAAAACGCAGCCUGCCAUGA